GACUGUGGCUGUGUGCGUGUUGUUUACAUUACAUCUGAUUCUCAGUUUCUUAUUUGAGAAAAGAAAGUGCUUAGGAAAGGUUGUUGUUUGUUUUUAAAGCACAUAAAGUAUUGGCUUGUUGCAUUCCAAAUUAAAUAUGAGAUAGUUUACUCGGUUAUGCUUAAAUCAAAUGGCUCAAACUCUGUGUAUCUACAUUCGAAGACAUAAAUCAUAGUCUUAGAUUUUGGAAGCAACUUUCUUUACCAUCGAAAAAGGUAGUUUAAGCUUAUAUAUAAAGUUAUUUCAAAUUUCGGGAGGGGCAGUUCAAUGCUCUUUGCGGCACCAAGUAACUUUCAUAUGUGCUGCUAGACCGCAAAAUGUAUUAUCUAAAUAACGAGACUGUUGCUCUUCCUUCUGUGGCGAAUUUCCCCCAAAGGGAGACCCACACAUCAACCCUAGAGCUAAAGACUGUAUCUAUAAAUCCAGAUGAUACCUACACUGUUCAGCAGGCGAUCAAUGCCUUUGGUUUCGGUUGGUUUCACGUCAAGUUGUCGCUUUUGGUGGGACUUUGCUGGAUGUCCGACUCCAUGGAAAUGGCCAUCUUAAGUAUUCUUGGUCCAGCUUUAUUCUGCGAGUGGAAUGUCACAAAAUUCCAGCAGGCUUCGGUCACAACUAUUGUGUUUUUGGGCAUGAUGUUGAGUUCUAGUUUUUGGACACAGCUGAGCAACAGAUACGGCCGAAAGUCGGCCCUCACUUUGUUUGGAGUAUUACUAGUCUUAUAUAGUAUACUAAGUUCAGUGGCUCCCAGCUAUGCCUGGCUUUUAACCCUAAGAGGUCUAGUGGGAUUUGCAAUAGGCUGCGUUCCACAAUCGGUCACCUUAUAUGCUGAGUUUCUGCCCACCAAACACAAGGGAAAGUGCGUAGUACUAAUGGAUUGUUUUUGGGCUUUGGGAGCUUGCUUUGAAGUUGUUCUGGCCCUAGUUGUCUACCCUUAUUACGGAUGGCGAGGACUUUUGGCUCUAUCAGCUACACCCCUAUUAAUAUUUACAAUUUUAUCACCGUGGCUGAGCGAAUCGGCUCGCUAUUACUCAUACAAUGGGCAUAAUGACAAGGCCAUUAAAGUUUUGGAACAGAUAGCUCAUAACAACAAGCGUCACAUGUUGAUGGGUCGUUUGAUGGCCGAUGAAGAGCCGAGCUCAACAGAGAGCUUCAGGUCCCUCCUCAGUUCGAACCUAUAUCGAACCACCAUAUUACUAUGGUUUAUUUGGCUGGCUUCGGCUUUUUGCUACUACGGUUUAGUCCUGGUAACAACUGAGCUUUUGGUGGCCAGAAACAAGGAGAAUAAUCCGAAUGAGUGCGUGACCUUCAUGACCUCCGAUUUCAUGGACCUGCUGUGGAUUACCCUAUCUGAAUUUCCAGGAAUAUUAAUAACCAUCAAGGUUAUUAAACUAUUUGGCAAGAAAAAAACAAUAGUCCUGCAAUACUUAGUGCUUGUCCUUUGCACUUUGGUGCUGAUGUCGGUAACAAGUCGCUUUUCAACUUCCCUAACCCUUUUCAUUGCACGGGGCACGAUAUCUGGGAUUUUUCAAGCUAUUUAUGUGUAUACCCCGGAAAUAUAUCCCGCCGCCUUGAGAUCUGUGGGAGUUUCAGGAUGUUCUGUGCUGGCCAGACUUGGCGCCAUGUUAACCCCAUUUGUAGCGCAAGUUUUGAUGGAUUCAUCCAAGGUUCAAGCAAUGUCCACCUAUGCAUUCGUGGGUCUACUGGCUUCCAUAGCUUGCGCUUUUUUGCCCAGAGAAAAUGUUGGCUAUCACUGAUUACUUUAAGACUAGUAUUACCAUGAAAUAUUAUUAUUAAAAAGUUAUAUCCUUAGAUGAAUUUGUGCAAUUUUCGGGUGCUUCUAAUAAGCUUGCCUAGUUUUAGGCUUCGUCUAUUGUGGGUUAGUAAUCUGUUCUAGAAUAGAAUUCUAUUGUUUGCUGGUGGUGAGAACU